CAGCAUACUCCACUUCCACUGCCCAAAGAGUACGACGAGGACUCACUAAUUCCCAGCAGCCCAGCAACUGAGACGUCUGACAAUGUCAGCCCAGUUGCCAGUCCCAUACACACCGGGUUCCUAGUCAGUUUCAUGGUGGAUGCUCGAGGCGGUUCAAUGCGAGGCAGCAGGCAUAAUGGUCUGCGUGUCAUCAUACCUCCACGGACGUGUGCGGCACCCACCCGCAUUACCUGCCGCCUGGUGAAGCCGCAGAAGCUGACCAGCCCCCCUCCACUAGUGGAAGGAGAGGGGUUGGCCAGCAGGAUUAUUUCCCUGGGUCCAGCUGGCAUGCAGUUCCUGGGCCCGGUGAUUGUGGAGAUCCCUCACUUUGCAGCUCUGGGUCGCGGUGACCGUGAGCUUGUUGUGCUGAGGAGUGAGAAUGGCUCGGUCUGGAAAGAACAUCGCAAUCGUUACGGUGAUGAGGUGUUGGAAACGAUUCUAAAUGGGAUGGAUGAGGAACUUGAAAGUCAAGAGGAACUUGGGAAGAAGCGAAUAGGGCGCAUCAUCUCUACCGACUUUCCGCUUUACUUCGCCGUUGUGUCAAGAGUUCAACAAGAAAGUGAUCUGAUUGGUCCAGAGGGAGGUUCUCUGACAAGUAAAUUGGUGCCGAUGGUCCAGGCAACAUUUCCGGAGACAGCAGUUACCAAACGAGUCCGUCUGGGUCUGCAGGUGAGAUGGGACAAUGAGGAGGAAGAAGGAGAAGACAAAGAGAAUCUUUAAUGCCUGCGCUGCCUGAAAAGAAGCAUGAUGGAUUUAUUUUGAUUGAUUGUGGAAUGACCCAAUCAUAUCAGCACACGUCAAGUUUAUGUUACGUUGCUUUUAGAGGACCUUUUGCUUUUUGUUUCUCAUUUUGCAUGCACCUGUCACCUUUAUACAACUGUGGACUGCUCAUUUAGUGCUAU